AUGGAGUCCAACCUGCAAGGGACGUUCCUGCUGAACAACACGCCGCUGGCUCAGUUCUCGGAGAUGAAGGCCCCCGUGUGCCAGUACUCGGUGCAGAACUCCUUCUACAAGCUCAGCCCCCCGGGGCUGGGCCCGCAGCUGGCCGCCGGGACCCCGCACGGCAUCACAGACAUCCUGAGCAGGCCCGUGGCCACGCCGAACAGCAGCCUGCUCUCCGGCUACCCCCACGUGGCGGGCUUCGGGGGACUGGGCUCCCAGGGCGUCUACUAUGGCCCCCAGGUGGGGAAUUUUUCCAAGGCUGGGAACGAGUACCCCACCCGGACCCGGAACUGCUGGGCGGACACGGGCCAGGACUGGCGAGGCGGGCGGCAGUGCAGCAACACCCCUGACCCCCUGAGUGACGGCAUCCACAAGAAAAAGCACACUCGGCCCACCUUCACGGGGCACCAGAUCUUUGCCCUGGAGAAGACCUUUGAGCAGACCAAGUACCUGGCUGGCCCUGAGAGAGCCAGGCUGGCGUACUCCCUGGGGAUGACCGAGUCGCAGGUCAAGGUGUGGUUCCAGAACCGAAGGACCAAGUGGCGGAAGAAGAGCGCCCUGGAGCCCUCGUCCUCCACGCCCCGGGCCCCCGGCGGCGCGGGCGCGGGCGCGGGCGGGGACCGCGCGGCCUCGGAGAACGAGGACGACGAGUACAACAAGCCGCUGGACCCCGACUCGGACGACGAGAAGAUCCGGCUGCUGCUCCGCAAGCACCGCGCCGCCUUCUCGGUGCUGAGCCUGGGCGCGCACAGCGUCUGA